AUGGCAGCAAUCCUCUACCUUCUCCUAGCUCUCCCUCUCCUCCUACUAUUCCUUUUCCAAAAACACAAGAAGAGUUCAACCAAUGCUUCUCUCCCACCUGGUCCUCCAGGGCUUCCCUUGGUAGGGAACUUGUUCCAGCUCGACUCUUCAGCUCCUCAUCGUUACCUAUGGAAACUCUCUCAAACCUAUGGACCCGUGAUUUUCCUAAGGCUAGGCCGUGCCCAGGUCGUCGUCGUUUCGACCGCGAAAAUGGCCGAGGAAGUCAUGAAAACUCAGGAUCUUGUCUUCUGUACCAGGCCCGUGGCAACGAGUACAACAAGACUGUCCUACAACAACGUGGACUUGGCGUUCGCGCCCUACGAUGCUUACUGGAGGGAGAUGAGGAAAAUAUGUGUGGUCCAUCUGUUCAACUCCAACAGGUCUCAGAGCUUCGGUCCCAUCAGGGAGUACGAGGUUUCCAAAAUGAUUGAGAAGGUCUCCGGAUCUUCAUUAGAAGCAAAGCCCGUCAAUUUGUCUGAAGCCAUGAUGUCUCUAACGAGUACAAUUAUUUGUCGGGUGGCUUUUGGCAAGAGGUACGGGGAGGAAGGGGUCGAGAGAAGCAGAUUCCAGUCGUUGCUCAACGAAACCCAAGCCAUGUUUACGAGUUUUUGUUUCUCUGAUCUUUUCCCAGUUUUGGGCUUCAUAGAUAGGCUCAACGGUUUGGUUGGUCGCCUCGACAAGAACUUCAGGGAGUGUGAUGCUUUCUACCAAGAGAUCAUCGAUGAACAUCUUGACCCUGAUAGGGCAAAGCCGGAGCAAGAAGACAUUUUGGAUAUUCUGCUUCAGCUUUGGAAGGACCGAUCCUUCAAAGUCCAGCUCACGUUCGACAACAUCAAAGCACUUCUCAUGGUAAUUGGUCAACGUUUCGAUUUCAUAAAAACAACUCUUUUUUUAUUUAUAUUUUUAAAAAAAUACACAGGCGCUGCUACUGUGGUUUGGGCCAUGACAUACUUAAUGAAGUAUCCCAUAGCCAUGAGGAAAGUUCAGGAAGAACUUAGGCAGAAAGUUAAGGACAAAGGAUUCGUGAAAGAAGAAGACAUUCAACAACUACCUUACUUUAAAGCUGUGAUUAAAGAGGCAAUGAGAUUGCAACCUGCAGUCCCAUUGUUGGUUCCUAGGGAGUCAAUUCAGAAAUGCAGCUUAGGUGGAUACGAAAUACCAGCAAAGACUAUAAUCCAUGUGAACGCAUGGGCCAUUGCAAGGGAUCCUGAAUCAUGGGGAGAAAAUCCAGAUGAGUUUAAACCAGAAAGAUUCGUGGGAAAGUCUGUUGAUGUGAAAGGCUCAAACUUUGAGUUAAUACCAUUCGGCGCAGGAAGAAGGAUAUGUCCUGGAAUUCACAUUGGGCUUGCAACUGUGGAGAUUGCUCUGGCUAAUUUGCUCUAUGCUUUUGACUGGGAGAUGCCUGCUGAAAUGAAGAGUGAAGAUCUGGAUAUGGAUGUGCUACCGGGACUUACAAUGCAUAAGAAAAAUGCUUUAUGCCUAGUAGCUAUAAACCGUGUGUAA